AUGGCGACUCGUCCAGUUUCUCCCCUUCCGACGACAACUAGUGACAUGUUUCAAGGCCAGUCCAAAGAUGCUUUAUGGAGGUCGUUAAGUGUACCAACUUUGGAUUGGAAUGAUGUUGGAAUUGAUUGUUUUCUUGGAAGAGGAGCCUUUACUCACGUCCACAAGGGAAACAUUAAGAAUGCAAGGAGAAUGGGGCAUGGACGCAGCAAAACCUCGUCCUCUGUGGAAUCAGAUACGGUCGCCAUGUCACAGUCCUCGUUUUCCUGCGUGUCCGUGGCAUCUUCGUCAUCGUCGAUUGAAUCCAUUCCACUUGACGACUUUGCAGGGCAAUCUCAGUCUGUGAAUUCUGGAAUGACUUCUCACUCAUCCUCUCAGCAGCAACAAGGGUUGUGUGCCAUCAAAUGCAUCAACCCUACCAAAACAAAAAAGAAAGCUGCCUUGAUUAGUGCUUCGAAUGAUCUAUUAAAUGAAGCAUUGCUCUUGUCCGAACUGUCUUCGCAUGGGAAUAUUGUGAAUUUCAUUGGAAUUCUUCCUCAAGUGGUGGAGCAAGAGCACGACCAAGAGGAAGGGACACGAUCAGGCAUGUACAAGAAGGAAGUCAUCAAGGACUACGUCUUGGUCCUGGAAUGUCUGGACGAAACACUUUUUGAGCGACUCAAACGAUGGCGAAAGGAACAGUUGCAAAUGCAAAAGCAACAAGAAGAAAUUUGGGCAGCUCAAGAGCUGGUCUUGGAACAAAACAAUCGACAUCCAGGUCUCUUGAGCAAUAACCACCACCAUAAUAAUGCCAACAUUGGCCGAGGCCGUCGUCUGGGAACUGGUGUCCGAAAUCUGUUGAAACGAUGGAACAACAACCAUCGAGGCAACAACAACACUAAUGGGGUCCAACCAACAGGACGUCGAGGUCGAUGGGGUCGCAGGGAACAACAACCACAGGAACAACCACCACCAUCGAAUCCUCAUCAUCAUGAUACAAACAACAACACAAGAGUCCAAGACUUUCGGGAAUUGGUCAAUUCCGAAACCAACGAAUAUCGUCUGAAACAAAUGAACGAGAGGAUGGACUCCAUUGUGCUUGGAAUUGUCAAUGGAAUGAGGCACAUGCAUCAGCACGGCAUUGUACACCGUGAUCUAAAGCCCCAAAAUAUUGGAUUCGACCUUCGAACGCAAACUGUCAAGUUGUUUGACUUUGGUUUGGCCCGUCAGCUGCCGUACGAUGUCCACACUGCCACAGCCAAGUACUAUUCGCAACGACGGCGGAGCAGUGGCCCCAUGGGCCGUCGAAGAAGUAAUGGUUCUACUGGAAGUAGUAGUGGCCAUAUGGGGCGUCGAAGCAGCAAUGGUUCUACUGGCAGUUGUGGUGGUCGACGACGAAGCAAUGGUUCCUCUACCGGGAGCGAUGGUCUCCAGAAUGUCCCACCCAAUCCAACGGUUGGUGAAGUUGUGGGUACCUGGAGGUACAUGGCUCCUGAAACGAUGCGAUCUUUGGGAAGUGAUUAUGCUAGCGACGUCUUUUCUUUUGCCAUUAUGUGGAGUGAGAUUUGCACGCUGCAACGACCGUAUUUCAACGAUGAAGAUGACGAGGAGGAGGAGAUGAUGAUCCAACCUAAUACAGCUCCCAAACGAUCUGCCGAUCAACCGACCAAGAAUCGUUAUGGUCCGUAUCAGAACUGGAACCACUUGAAAUCCUGCAUCUUAGAAGAAGUCCAACGCCCGGAUUUGACUUCACUGCCAAAACAUUCGUCUACUUCCGACUUGCAAAUGUGGAUCAACCAAUGCUGGGAUCCUGAACCUUUUCGACGACCCACCUUUGAUUCCUUGCACGGACUGUUGCAACAUUAUUGUACUCAACAUGGUACCUCGACUGGGAAUAGAGUGAGCAUCUGA